AUGGCUCCACCCGCCGUCAGUGAUAAAGGUUUUGACCUUCUUGAGGAGUUUCGCUUGUCGGAAAUCUCUGGUAUCCAAACGGUGAAUGGAUCAGGACCGGGUACGGUGGCUUUCCGGGUCGAUCCCUCUGUCCACCUGAGGAACACCAUCAGCGAGGUUUACCCAGACGGCCUGCCCUCCGACUUCUCCAUCAUCGCCACCUUCAAGAUGACGGAGGAGGCGGCCCGGGGGCCCUGGGACCUGUGGCAGGUGAGCGACGGGUUCGGGCGGGAGCAGAUGGGCGUGCGCUUGCACGGUGACUCGCGCUCCCUGGAGUUCUUCUACACGGGUCCCCGCGGCGCGCCGAUGCGCCGGGCCUUCCGCGGCGUGGACAGCCUGUUCGACGAGGGCUGGCACAAGCUGGCGCUGAGCGCCCAGGGCGACCGGCUCAAGCUGCUGGUGGACUGCCAGGAGGUCAGCACGGCCUCCGUGGACCAGCCGCGCCCCGCCAUCCGCAGCGGAUACACCUCCAUCGUGAAGAGGGCUGCCCGCAACCGCGGGGGCUCGGUGGAUCUCCAGCAGAUGGUGCUGUCGUGCGACGCAGAUCAGGCUUACUCCGAGCGGUGCUGUGAGCUGUCCAACGUGUGUGGGGGCUAUGCUGAAAUUGGCCUGACAGGAAGCAGGGCCUCUUGCCGGUGUCUUCACGGACAGCCCGGGGUUCAGGGCGCUCCCGGACCGAAGGGCCACACGGGUCUCCCGGGCAACCCAGGAGACACAGGAAAACUUGGUAACUGGGGAAUCAGAGGAAACACAGGUGACUAUGGAGUAAUCGGGAAGACGGGUCCUGAGGGCAUCGACGGGAUCAAGGGGGAGAAAGGGAUGAGAGGACUCCAUGGCCUAGUGGGUGACCGGGGGCCCAAGGGCUUGAAGGGCCUGACAGGAGCUGCAGGGUUCAAGGGAGUGCGGGGGACACCUGGAGAGAGAGGGGAGACGGGUGACCAGGGACAAGUGGGGGAUCGAGGUCCUCUCGGAUACGAGGGAAUUCCAGGCUACGACGGAGUGAAGGGGGACCAAGGUUUUCCGGGGCCCGAGGGGCCGGAGGGGUCCCAGGGACGACAGGGCAUUGUAGGGGAUGCAGGGGAGCCAGGAACCCCAGGACUGAAGGGGAAGCCAGGCCUCCAAGGAUAUAAAGGGAAACCUGGCACCAUUGGAUUGACGGGCAUUGUGGGGGAUCCUGGAAACCCAGGAAGAGAUGGAGACCCAGGAAUUGAAGCCUAUCAGGGACCUCAGGGAUCAGAUGGGAGACCCGGGCGAGGUGGACAAAGGGGAGAGAAGGGAGCUCGCGGCCCCCCUGGGAACAUGGGCCCGCAAGGAUGGACAGGGCCGAGGGGAUACAAGGGGACGGCUGCCAAGCCAGGAAGACCUGGAUUUAUCGGGCCCCCGGGAGCCACGGGACACGUCGGAUUACCUGGGAGGCAGGGCCCUAGGGGUAAUGUUGGUCUUCAAGGAAUCCAAGGUGUUAAAGGUGAAGAGGGUGAGCCGGGCAUGAAAGGGCCAAAGGGACAGGUGGGAGACAGGGGGGAACGGGGCCCUGGGGGGCCUCAGGGCAAAAGGGGACCGGCGGGGGACCCCGGCCGAUCUGGCCCGACAGGGGGAAAAGGUGUCCGAGGAGACGGGGGACUGGCCGGAUUCCAGGGGCCUCCGGGGCCACCUGGCCCUACCCUUCCAGCCCAGCAUGUGAUUGAGGUCUGCAAGCGCGUGGUGCUGGAGCAGAUGUCCACCUUCGCCAACUCCGUCAAGAGGACGUGUGCUGCUGUGUGCCCGCUCUACGGAGACGUGCCCAUGGGCGCCCCCGGCCCGCCGGGACAGAGGGGCUCUCCAGGACCACCCGGUGACCCAGGAAAUGACGGAAUAGAAGGGGAAGUCGGACAGCAGGGAUUCUAUGGUGAAGCAGGUGACCUAGGACGGCAAGGUGUAGCAGGUGACCGAGGAGAGCGAGGAGACAAGGGAGCUAAAGGCUACGGGCUGCCAGGCCACGUGGGAAACCAGGGCUCACCGGGAAAACGGGGGAGAGCAGGCAGAGCUUUCGACGGUCAGCCCGGUCGACAAGGCGAGAGGGGCCACGUGGGUCCGCCGGGUCAGCGGGGCCAUCCUGGCCUGCCCGGGGUCCCUGGAGUGUGUCUGACCUCCGGGUGUGACCUCUUCAACUCCGCAGCCAACUCCAAUGUAGCCAAUGAGACCCCACGGCCGGCGUCCAGGGCGCCCAGGAGACGCCCUUAG